AUGGAAAAGGGCCGAGUGGUUGUCUUGGACAAUGGAGGAGCCACGUGCAAGAUAGGCUUUGGAGGGGAGGCGGAACCGGUGAAGGUCAUUCCUAACUUCGUGGCUAAAGCCAAGAGCCUGAAACGGCCUUUUGUUGCUGACCUAGUCGACACGUGUCCAGACAUCAAGGUACAACCGUCCAGCACGUCCCUAUUGGUAUCAGAGCCGCUCUUCAGCCUGCCGGGCAUCCAGCGCAGCAUGGCGGAACUCGCCUUUGAGCACUUUGCCUUCCGCUCCUACCUCCCCGUCCCCUCCCCCGUGCUUGCGUACCGCCAUGAGGGUGUGUGUGUGUGCGUUGCAGCAUGUUCUCUUCUCUGGCAGUCCUCAGUGCUCCGUGACUCACCACCAGCACCACAAAUGCCAUCAUUGCUUGCCACGUCAUCAGCUGCUGCUGCCAGCUCAGCAAUGGCGCUGGAGGCGGGCUGUGGGCUGGUGGUGGAUGCUGGCUUCUCCUUCACCCAUGCCGUGCCCAUCUGGAACAACAGACCGCUGCUGCAAGCUGUCAGGCGCAUGAACGUGGGCGGCAAGGCACUGACGAAUGUGUUGAAGGAGGCGGUGUCGUACCGCGCAUGGAACAUGAUGGACGAGACGCUCAUCAUGGACCAUGCCAAGGAGCAGCUCUGCUUCGUGAGGUCUCUUCUCCCCUCCCUCCUCCCCUCCCGCCUCCCCUCCUUCUUCCCCUCCCUCCUCCCCUCCCACCUCCCCUCAACCCUAAACCCUAAACCCUCCUCCUCCCGCCCUCUGUGCUUGUGCUCGUGCUCUUUCUUCAGGAAACGGGAUGCCAGCAACAUAUUCCGGGCAGAGUACUUGCUGCCCGACGGGGUCACUCUUCUGCGCGGGCAGGUGAAAGACCGCACAGCAGCGAUGCAGGCAGUGAAGGCCCAGGAGGAGCUGUGGGAGCAACACUUAGCAGAGGAGGUGGAAGAGGCAAGGGGAACGAGAGGGGGAACGAGAGGGAGGAAACGAGGUGGGGCUUUGCUAGAGGGUAGGACGAGGCGAGGGUGCGAUGGGGUGGAUAGAGGGGAGGAAGACGGGGAGAUGGGGAGGAAGAGAGGGAGAAGCGGGUGGAAAGGGGAGCGGGGGGAUGAGGAGGGAGGACGGAGGCAGCAGCAAGGUGGCAGGGGUGGGGAUGGUGGGAUUGCUGGUGGGGAUGAUGAGGAUGAGGAAGACGAGGAGGAGGAUGAGGACUGGGAUGAGAGGAAAGGGCGAGGCAAGGCCAAAGGUGGUGCUACUGCUGCCGGUAGUGGUGGUGGUAACAGUGGUGGUGCUACUGCUGCUGGUAGUGGUGGUGGUAACAGUGGUGGUGCUGGUGGAGGGGCGAGUGUUGUGAUGCCACCACCAGCCAACAGCAGAGGUGCUGCUGGUGGUGGUGGUCCGGGCAGCAGAACUGGAGGAAGCAGCAGCGAGCAGCCGGAGCUAUCACUGGCAUCGGAACGCUUUAUGGUGCCAGAGGGCCUCUUCCAUCCCUCCGACCUGGGUGUCAGCCAGGCAGGCCUCGCAGAGACAAUAGUGGCGGCUGUGACUGCUGCUCCUCGAGUCAUCCACCCUCUGCUCUACUCAAACAUUGUACUGGUGGGCGGCAGCUGUCAGCUCCCAUUCUUCAAAGAGCGGCUGGCACUGGAGUUGCGACCCCUUGUGCCCGACUCACUACCCAUUAACAUCUCUCUCUCCCAAAGGUUCGAGGUGACUUUUGAGUCGACUCAAAAGUCACCUCGCAAGGUGCAUGAUCCCCUGAUCUCCCUUCAUCACUCCAUGCAUGCGACUUUUGAGUCGAGGUGA